UAAAUACGAAUUGCGUAUCGUAAUUUUAACUAAAAUAUACACUCGAAACCGGAUGGACGGAGACGGCAUUCUGAAGUAUGAGAUGUUUCUUCGACACAUCUGGGACGUCAAAAAUUUCGCCCUUUCACCUCCGACUUCUCCAUUGAAUCUAUGUAUUAGUUACAACGCUUUUCAAUGGCUUACUUUGCGAGAAUUAAAUUGUCUGCAGCUCUGUACCACUUAAAACACAUCUAAUACACUUAACAGUUAUCUAUACAGGCUGGACACAAAGAAUUCUUUUCCUUAAGCUGUUUGUCUCUUUCCACAAUGCGGUCUUUUCUGAGUGCAGUCCAUCUUCCACACUUACGUAACCCUCUGCAAAUGCUUUGUGCCACUUAAACGUCGACUCUCGUGCGCAAUUUCCCUCUUAAAUGCCGUCGUUGCGUUUAGGUGACGCACGUUAGGGUAAAUUGCUCUAGAACGAAAUACUUGUUACGACUUGGGCUCGAGAUCGAGUACGAGUGCCUUUUGCGCAUGGCUACGUGCGGCGUGUUUACUUUUCUGUCGUACAAAUACAAAUUACACGUAAGAGAGUUUAUUCGUUCCGGGUCGGUCGUCUCUACUGCAAAUGCAGUUCGAACGUUCUAGCAAUUUCCGAUAGGAUCUAACAUGAGCUACACGAAUUCCGAUCCGUCAAUGAAGAGCUGGCGGUUUUGGCGUUGGCUGCGGCCCAAGAAGAUGAAGAAGUGUGAAGGGCGUUCUCCUUCCGCAAUAGAUGAAGAGAGGGUCUUUUCCCCCUUCGAGCGGGGAGAGGAACUCUCUUCCAUCGAUUGCGGAAGGGGUUCUUCCUUCACGGGAUCGCCUUCGGGAAUAGCGGAUGUCGACAGCAUUCUCUGUUCCGCGUUGAACGGAGAGGAGACAUUUCGCCAUUCGGACGUGUUCCGAAAGGUGAAAUGUCUCCAUGUUGACGACAUCAUCUUUGACGCACUGGGAGGGGAGGAAUGUUUCGAUCAUUCCUCCCUUUUCCAACGAGUGGGAUCCUCUCGUUCGGUGUGGGCAAAGAUGGAAAGGAAAAAGCGUCGCUUCGUAAGAGAAGUGAACGACUUUUUCCUUUGCUAUUUCUGAAGGAUAUUACUAACCUAGGAUAAGAAGGCAAGAGGUUUUUUUCGUUUGUUUUUUCCUCUUGUCAUACUAACAACAUUUAAAUUUAAGGUUUUAGUUUCAAUUUACUAACGUAGGAUAAGAAGGCAAGAGGUUUUUUUCGUUUGUUUUUUCCUCUUGUCA